AUGAAUAAUUUUAAUAUUUGCUACAAUGCAUUAUGUCGUGCAUUUGAUAAAGAAAAUGUUAUAGUACCACCUGGUCUAGUCGAAAUUCUGAAGCCUCACAAUUCAGUGUAUUCAUCUGUGAUUCAUACGAAUACAAAUGAUGCUCAAGCGGACACGACAAAAUCUUUAACAAGUUCAUUAUCAUCAUUAUCAAUAACAGCAAACGCAAAUCUACUCAAUCUACCAUUAUCAGAAUUAGCACUGACAAUUAAACCAAAUCCACUCGACUUACCUCAUGAUCAAAAACAGCGACAAGAAAUUGCUUACAAGCUAAAUCAACUCGUCUUCGGUAUUCGACAACAAAAAUUAAAAACAAAAAAGAAAGAAACCUACGAGCUACCCCCAUUAAUCAAACAACUUAUUAGAUGUUUAUAUCCAUCAGACAUCGAUGACAACAACUGUUCACAAAAACCAGACAUUGUAUUCACUCUUCGAACAUUCAUUGAACUGUUUCGCGUGUAA